CAGCUCUCUCAGUCUUCACAGAGACACAGGAGAGGCGAAAGGGGAACGCUUGAGGACACUUGACAGCCUUCAGAGACUGCUAUGACAUCUCGCAGGUGGUUCCACCCCAACAUCACCGGAAUCGAGGCAGAACAGCUCCUGUUGACCCGGGGUGUCCACGGCAGUUUCCUGGCCCGGCCCAGCAAGAGCAAUCCGGGGGAUUUUACCCUCUCUGUUAGGCGGAACGAUGAGGUGACCCACAUUAAGAUCCAGAACUCGGGUGACUACUACGACCUGUACGGCGGCGAGAAGUUUGCCACGCUGGCCGAGCUGGUUCAGUAUUACACCGAGCAACAGGAUCUUUUGCGCGAGAGGAACGGCCAUGUCAUCGAGCUCAAAUACCCACUCAACUGCAAAGACCCCACCUCUGAGAGGUGGUAUCACGGGCACCUCUCUGGGCGAGAUGCAGAGAAACUGCUCACAGACAAAGGCAGAGCCGGUAGCUUCUUGGUACGGGAGAGCCAGAGUAAACCGGGUGACUUCGUCCUCUCAGUUCUUACCAAUGAGGAGAAACACGAGAACGUGGACCGCAAGACCAAGGUCACCCACGUUAUGAUACGCUACCAGCAGGAUGGUAAAUAUGACGUGGGCGGCGGUGAGAGGUUCGACACCCUGGCUGACCUGGUGGAUCACUACAAGAAAAAUCCCAUGGUUGAGAAAAGUGGCAUUGUAGUGCACCUCAAACAGCCCUUUAAUGCCACGAGGAUAAAUGCAGCCAACAUUGAGAACAGGGUACGAGAGCUCAACAAAGUAGCAGACAACUCUGAGAAACCCAAGCAAGGUUUCUGGGAAGAAUUUGAGGUACUUCAGCAGCAGGAGUGCAAACUGCUGUAUCCCCGGAAAGAAGGCCAGAAGCCAGAAAACAAGAGUAAAAACAGAUACAAGAAUAUCCUGCCCUUUGACACAACUCGGGUUGAAAUCAGGGAAACAGAUCCAGAUGUUCCUGGUUCAGACUACAUCAAUGCCAACUACAUCAGAAGUAUGCAUGAAGAGGGGCGCCAUGUGGAUGAGGGCAAAGUCUUCAUCGCCACCCAAGGGUGCCUACAGAAUACGGUCAUUGACUUCUGGAAGAUGGUGUAUCAGGAGAAUACACACGUCAUUGUGAUGACUACAAAGGAGGUGGAGCGAGGACGGAACAAAUGUGUGCGUUACUGGCCCGACCUCCAUGGCACAAAGGAGUUCGGGAAUGUGCUGGUAAGGAACGUGGACGAGAGACCAGCACAAGACUAUGUCUUGAGGAAGCUGGAGGUGACCCGUCUGGAUCGGAAGGAGCCUCUGAGGUACAUUUGGCAUUACCAGUACCUGAGCUGGCCGGACCACGGGGUGCCCAAUGAGCCCGGCGGUGUCCUCUGGUUUCUGGAGGAAGUCAACCGCACCCAGAGUACCAUUCCAGACACUGGACCUAUUGUCGUCCACUGCAGUGCAGGCAUCGGCAGGACAGGCACCAUUAUCAUCAUUGACAUCCUUAUUGACAUCAUUAACCGCCAAGGUCUUGAUUGUGACAUUGACAUCCCUAAGACCAUCCAGAGGGUACGGCAGCAGAGGUCGGGCAUGGUGCAGACUGAGGCCCAGUAUAAGUUCAUCUACAUGGCUGUGCAGCAGUACAUCGACACGGCUCAGAAGAGACUGGAGGAGGAGCAGAGGAAUAAGAUGAAGGAGAGGGAAUAUUCCAAUAUCAAAUAUCCCCAGAUGACCAACUCGAGGUCCAAACCAAACAUGGUAUCCUCGCGCUCUUCUUCUGUGAUGACAAAUGAUGAUUCGUCGAGUGUGUACGAGAACAUAAACUUUAAAAGCCCUCAGACGUCUUUUAGCAGUAACACCAGGAGGUAAAGCCAUCGCCGUGGACCUCCACAUCUCUGUUUGCCUCUCUUUUCGGCGGAGGUGUCGCUUUGUCAGCGCCUGAAAAUCCCUCGGGGGAGGAGGGAGCGUGUCGCUCCGACUUCACGCCACAUCGGCGGACCCUGCUUGGGUUAAAGGUGGCGAGCUGACCCCUCUCCUGCUGCCGUCCUGCCGGACCUCUCUGUCUGGAGUCAAACCUUACCCUC